AUGAGGAGGGAGAACCAGAGCACUGUGUCUGAGUUCAUCCUCCUGGGGCUCCCCAUCCAGCCAGAGGAUCAAGGCACAUACUAUGCCCUAUUCCUGGCCAUGUACUUGACCACAGUGCUAGGGAACCUGCUCAUCAUCCUGCUCAUCAGGCUGGACUCUCGCCUCCACACCCCCAUGUACUUCUUCCUCAGUAACCUGGCAUUCACGGACAUCUCUUUCUCAUCUGUCACUGUACCCAAGAUGCUAAGGAACAUGCAAACUCAGGAUCCAUCCAUUCCCUAUGCAGAUUGUAUAGCACAGAUGUAUUUUUUUAUAUUAUUCACUGAUUUGGACAAUUUUCUUCUCACUUCAAUGGCAUAUGAUCGGUAUGUGGCCAUCUGCCAUCCCCUCCACUACACCACCAUCAUGAGGGAAGAGCUGUGUAUCUCACUGGUAGCUAUAUCCUGGAUCGUUUCCUGUGUUAGUGCUCUCUCUCACACCCUCCUACUGGCCUGGCUGUCCUUCUGUGCCAACAACACCAUUUCUCAUUUCUUCUGUGACCUCAAUGCCUUGCUGCAGCUCUCAUGCUCAGACAUCUCCCCCAAUGAGCUGGUCAUUUUCACAGCAGGCAUGGCAGUCAUUACUCUGCCACUAAUAUGCAUCUUAAUCUCUUAUGGCCGAAUUGGGACCACCAUCCUGAAAAUCUCAUCUACCAAAGGGAUCUGCAAAUCCUUGUCCACAUGUGGUUCCCACCUCUCUGUGGUAUCUCUGUAUUAUGGUGCAAUUAUUGGACUUUAUCUUAUACCUUCAUCCAGCUCUUCCAGUGACAAAGACAUAGCUGCUUCUGUAAUGUACACAGUGGUCACUCCAUUGCUGAACCCCUUCAUUUAUAGCAUAAGGAACCGAGAUGUGAAAGAGGCUCUGAAGAAGCUCUUCAACAGGGCAGCAAUCUCAACUUAAUGACAUCAUUUCAUAUGCUCAUA